CCAUUCGCCGACCGCGAGUAUUGCGCGUGCCGCUUCAUCCUCACUAUAUAGAAUGCUUUCUAUUUUUGAUGAUACGUCCGACUGUCUCCACAAUUGUUGACAUAUUUUGAUCAUUGAUAUGUGUUGGAGAGUCAAGUUUAAGGUGAAUUGGUGGUAUUCGUAGGACAUUUUGUGGAAUUGAUGAUGUAUUUGUUUUAGAAUUUAAUAUACCAGUUUUAGUGGGGUAACCUAUUGGCAAUAAUUUUAUAUUGUUGUCAUGAUGAGCCUUAAAAAACCCAAUGUUUAGUAAUGAUUCUCGCCACACAAUUUGUUGAUGAUGAUUUUAUUUAAAUUUCACAUUUUUCUAUGCUUCGCGACGAUAUUCUCCUUAUUAGAAGAGACAUCUGAUAUGAAUUGGUACAGCCCUCUAUUGGGUAUAACCACCACUAAUACUUAUUUGGAGGAGAAAUGGUGCUUGCCUCUUCUAGAGUGAGAGGAUAUAACCACAUUGAAUAGAAGAUUAGAAGAGACAGACAUAACCAGUAAGGAAUAACAACAACUGCAAAAACCGUGAGAGCCGUGAAGAAGCUAAAGAAUGAUUUUGCACUAAAUUAUUAACAUUUUCAAUUUUGUCAGGUAUUUGAGACUUCGUAAAAACAUAAUGGCAUCCAGGUUCAGUGGUGCCCUGCAAAUAACGAGCCUGGAUGAUUUUAUAACUCCAUCGCAGGAAUGCAUAAAACCGAUUGAAGUCCUGAAAUCAACGAGCAAAACCGGUUCUAAAAUAAAAAUUCAGGAUGACGGGGCUUACGUUCAGCUCAAUGAGAGGGGAUCAGAGAAAUUGCAGAAGGUGGAGAUCACCCUGGCGGACUGUCUCGCCUGUUCCGGCUGCAUAACGACAGCCGAGAGUGUCCUGGUGACCCAACAGUCCCAGGAGGAGCUCCUCAGGGUCUUCCAGGAGAACCAAGCCCUCAAAUCCCAGAACAAAACCCCAAAGCUCAUAGUAGUGAGUCUCUCAGUUCAGCCCGUCCUCUCCCUCGCCCAGAAGUACGACCUUGACCCUGGGGAGACCACCAGGCGACUGUCCGGCUACUUCAAAUCACUGGGUGCAGAUCUAGUCCUGGAGAUGUCGACAGCUGAAGACUUCGCACUGCUGGAGUCUGCGAAGGAAUUCACCGAGCGAUUCAAGACCCAUCAGGAGGGGUCCAAGGGACAGAUACCUAUGUUGGCAUCUUCGUGUCCGGGGUGGGUCUGCUAUGCCGAGAAGACCCAUGGCAAUUUUAUUCUACCCUUCAUCAGUGUCACCAAGUCGCCGCAGCAGAUCAUGGGAUCUCUUGUCAAGAAUUAUCUCGCUGAGAGGUGGUGUCUCUCUCCGGAGAGGAUUUAUCAUAUCACUUUAAUGCCUUGCUACGAUAAGAAGCUGGAGGCGUCGAGGGAAGACUUUUAUAACAAAGCGAAAGAAACCAGAGACGUUGACUGCGUGAUAACAAGCAUUGAGCUCGAGCAGAUGUUAGAGAACCAGGGAAAGAGUCUGACUGAGGUGGAUCCUGCGCCCCUGGACAGGCCCUUCACCACCGAUGAGCAAUCAGAAGUGGAUCUUUGGUCCCACAGGGGCUCUGGCUCCGGCGGAUACGCAGACUUCAUCUUCGAGUAUGCGGCGAAGCAUCUCUUUCAGAUUUCCGAUUCUCGGCUUGACCUGAAGAGUCUAAGGAACCCUGACUUUCAGGAGGGCGUCCUGGAGAGAAAUGGAGAGGUCCUCCUCAGGUUUGGGGUGGCCAACGGCUUCAGGAAUAUCCAGAAUCUUGUGCAGAAACUCAAGAGGAACAAGUGCACUUAUCACUAUGUGGAGGUGAUGGCUUGUCCAGCAGGAUGUCUCAAUGGUGGAGCACAAAUUCGCCCUCAGGACGGCUCACAGCCCAGGGAAUUGGCGCAAAGGCUGGAGAAAAAUUAUCACGAUCUUCCAGAGAGUAAACCUGAAAAUAAUAAAGUCGUACAGAAUUUGUACAAGUCAUGGCUGGGCUCGGGCCACACUGACAAGGCCUCGGCAUUCCUUCACACUCAGUACCAUGAGAUUGAAAAGAUGAGCAGUGCAUUGGCCAUGAAAUGGUGAUAUUAUUUUAUGUUAUCGAUUAAUAAAUUGUGAAUAAAUUGAGAUAUAAACCCUUUUUUUUCAGUACAACUAAUUAAACUCAUGUUUCCUGAAAAAAUGAACAAAAAUAAUUUAUUUAUCAAUGUAAAUAACAAUUGAAAAAUGUCUCUUACGUUGUUUUAAUAAUUAACAUAAAUUAUAA